AUGCCUUCCACGAGUGACUUGUCAGACCCCCAGGAGUAUCAGAAGAUAUUCCAUUGGGCUGAAACUCAACAAGACGGUGCUGUACCUUCUUUCAACACCAGGAGAAACGAUCCUUAUGAAUAUCAAACUGGUUUGGGCAACUCAUUUGAGUCGGAGGCUGUCCCUGGUACCAUUCCACAAGGCCAGAACAGUCCUCGUAACGUGAGGUUCGGUCUAUACGCAGAGCAAAUCACUGCUACUGCUUUUAAUGCCCCGCGGCAUUGCAACAAGAAGGCAUGGUUGUACCGUGCUCGGCCAGCCGUUGCCCAUCAGGGAUUCACUGGGCUUCCCGACAACAAGGAUACAGAGUCAAAUUUCAUGCCCCUGAACCCUCGGGUCCAUGUUUCACCAACUCAGCUGGCAUGGCACCCAUUCGAUAUCCCAACUUCCGAGGAGGUAGACUUCAUUGCCGGUCUCAAAACUGUGGCCGGCUCGGGAGACCCAGCCCUUCGCGAGGGUCUCGCUACCCACGUCUACGCAGCAAACGCUAGCAUGAAGAAGAAAGCCUUUGUGAAUUCGGACGGCGAAUUCCUCAUUGUUCCCCAGCAGGGCGCCUUGGACAUUCAGACUGAAUUUGGCCCACUCUUCGUCCAGCCCGGAGAAAUCGUUGUCAUUCAGCGAGGUCUCCGCUUCCGUGUCGAGCUCCCAGAUGGCCCCUCUCGUGGAUAUAUCCUCGAAGUCUGGGGCUCAUAUUUCGAGCUUCCAGAACUUGGACCACUUGGAGCUAACGGGUUAGCCAACAGCCGGGACUUCCUGUCACCUGUGGCUAAGUAUGAGAUUGCUCAGGAGCCUUGGGAGAUUGUGUACAAGCUUGGAGGCAAGUUCUUCAAGAGCACGCAAAACCACAGCCCUUUCGACGUUGUCGCCUGGCAUGGCAAUUAUGUGCCUUACAAGUAUGACUUGACGAAGUUCGUCAACGUUGGCUCGAUCUCCGUCGACCACAUGGAUCCUUCCAUUUUCUGCGUCCUUACAGCCAAGUCCCGCGAUCUCACUGCGCCCCUAGCCGACUUUCUCACCUUUUCCCCUCGCUGGGAUGUUGCGUCCAACUCCUACCGCCCGCCAUAUUAUCACCGCAACGCUGCAUCCGAAUUGAUGGGUCUGAUCUAUGGAGAUUAUGGUGGCCGCUCGGAUGCAUUCAAGCCCGGCAGUGUCUCUUUCGAAUGUGGAAUGGUCCCCCAUGGCGUUGCCUACGAAGAGUUCAAGGCUGCUACCGAGACAGAGCUUCCGGUGAUGAAGAUCUCAGAGGCAUCUAUUGCAUUCAUGUUCGAAUCUAGCCGUCCGUUCACUAUUACCGACUAUGCCUGGAACAGCGACAAGAAGCACGAACACGAACCGAAGAUGUGGGACAACCUUGUUGAUAACUUCUCCAGUCACGCCAAGGAGGUUGAGGAGAUCCUGACAAAGAAGGCACAGGGUCGUCGGGCUUGA